CGCUGCCUGACGCGUUUCAGGUGGCUGCGGGACGCGGUUGCAGGGCACGAAGGCGGGAGAUGCAUCUUUAGGUCACCGCUCUGGAGAUACAGCCAGAAUUUUUCGUUCACAUGGCAGCAGCAAACUCUACUCCGCCUGGCUCUCUGGAUCUAAACCAGCCUGGAUUUGCAAAGGAGAUCCUGGGAACUAAACUGGAGGUCAAAUACCUCUGCUCCGAUUGCAAGAAUAUAUUGAGGAGGCCGUUUCAAGCUCAGUGCGGACAUCGCUACUGUUCCUAUUGCCUGAAGAAAAUUAUAAGUGCCGGACCUCAAAAGUGUGCCAGCUGUAUUCAGGAAGGAAUAUACGAAGAAGGAACUUCUAUUUUGGAAACAAGCUCGGCUUUCCCAGACAACGCAGCUCGUCGGGAGGUGGAAAGUUUGCCUGCUGUCUGUAUUAACAGCGGCUGCACUUGGAAGGGGACUAUUAAAGAAUACGAGGCUCAUGACGAAGUCUGCCCUGAAUUCCCGCUGACUUGCGAAGGCUGUGGGAAGAAGAUUCCAAGGGAGAAGUUUCGGGACCAUGUGAAGACUUGUGGCAGAUCUAAAGUGCCUUGCAGAUUUGAGGUUGUCGGAUGUGCUGAGGUGGUGGAAAAUGAAAAGCUACUAGAACACGAAAGCAAGUGUUUGGCAGAGCAUCUCUACAUGCUACUGAGUUUUGUGCUCAGCCUCAAGGCUGGGUCUGGAGACCUAAAGCCCCUUCCUGCCCUUUCCUCAUCACAAAACAACUCCCCGCUACUGGCAGCAAACUCUCUGUGCUCGGAGUCGGAGCUCUCCAGGUCCCUGGAGCUCUUGGGAAGAUGUGAGGCCCUUGAGAGGAAAACAGUGACCUUUGAGAACAUUGUCUGCGUGCUCAAUCGGGAGGUGGAAAGAGUGUCUCUAACAGCCGAAGCCUACAGUCGGCAACAUCGACUAGACCAGGAGAAAAUCGAAACACUGAGUAGCAAGGUCCGGCAGCUGGAAAGGAGCAUUGGGCUCAAAGAUCUGGCCAUGGCUGAGAUGGAGGAAAAGAUCCGCAACAUGGAAGCUUCCACCUACGAUGGAGUUUUCAUCUGGAAGAUAACAGAAUUUGCCAGGAAGCGUCAGGAGGCGAUAACAGGCCGCUCCCCUGCGAUCUUCUCUCCAGCUUUCUACACAAGCAAGUACGGCUACAAGAUGUGUCUGCGCGUUUACCUGAACGGGGACGGCACCGGGCGUGGGACCCAUCUGUCCCUGUUCUUUGUGGUGAUGAAAGGACCCAAUGACGCACUCCUGCGGUGGCCCUUCAACCAGAAGGUAACCCUGAUGCUCCUGGAUCAGAACAACCGGGAGCACAUCAUCGAUGCCUUCCGACCCGACGUGACAUCCUCCUCCUUCCAGCGACCCAUCACAGAAAUGAACAUUGCCAGCGGCUGCCCGCUGUUCUGCCCCGUCUCCGUGAUGGAAGCCAAGAACUCCUACGUGCGUGAUGACGCCAUCUUUAUUAAAGCCAUCGUUGAUCUCACGGGCCUCUAACCCUCCUCACCUCUGGGAGCAGUGAACACAGAGCCAGCCCCGAAUGGGGCAUCCCCCUCUUGUGCUGCACUUCAGGCAGGUCUCGGAGCAAGGAGGGGGCAAAAAGCAGGAGGGGAAAAGCCCUUCCCAAAAAGGGACCUUCGCUCUGAGUGGAAACAAGGUGUCUGAUGGGAACCCUCUUCCCUGGUGUCAGAGAGACCUUCCCUGAGAAGAGGUUUGGGUGGACGUUCACAGUCUGUGGGGUACAAGAAGAUCUGCUGCAGGGACUUGGGUGUCUGAACUGCCGCUGUCUGGGCUCCCAGUGGAAACCAGUGCAGCUCUUGCUCUACCAGUUUAGUGGACAGCCUCGGUGCUCUGUAGUAAAAUAAGGAUUUGGCCUGCCCAAGCACCACCUCACGUGGAUGUUUGGCUCAGCCGUCUAGGAUUUUUUUCAGAGAUCUCCAUGUUCCUGGAAGUUUUGUGUCCCGCAGGGAUGCCGUUGCUCUGCGCUGCUGUGCCUCGGUGGAUGGGAAGGGUGUGUGGCAGACUCGGUGCAAGCAGGGCGAGAGAGGUGCGAACUGGUUUGCUGCUGUUUUGGUGCCAUCGGUGUCUGCAGAGAGGGGUGCUGAACUGAGCUGUGCGGUGGGUGGAGAGCGGUACCCCGCGUCUGGCCCUCGCCCUGUUUGAUGGGCGGUUUGUGCUCUGAGCAGCGUGCUGGGAGCACGGGAUGGGGCAGGCAGUGCCCGCUGCCUGGGAGGGAGUGUGGGGCAGCACUGGGGAUGCCCGUGGUGAAAGAGAAGUGAAUCCUCCCUGGAGACUGCCUGUCCUGUCCUGGGAGAGGAGGGUGAUGCAGGGCUCGGUGCAGGACUUCAGCCCCCUGAACCCUGGGAGUCCCAGGUGGGUUUUUAGCCAGACCCUGCCGUUCUCUGCAUGCCUGCGCCUGAGCAGCGGGGGGGCAGGAUGGCAGCAGUGCUGGAAGCUGUCUUUACACACACAGAUGCUCCUGAGCUGUCUUUCAGCCCCAUCACGGGGCAGCUGCAGCAGCGCAGGUGCACCAGCUUUCCCAGGGCCCCCUCCAGCUGCCGAGCACGUAUGGCUGCAGCUCCCCUGCCAUCUGCAGCCGCGCUGUGCCAUCCAUCUGCACGGGCACUCACCUCCGCGGCUGCGGUGCUGACAGACACGGCAUGUCUCUUGUCUGCCUGUGUGUUGGGCGGCUGCUGGCCAGCCCCUGCCCUGCCCGAGUGCCCGCCUUGCCGACCAGCAGCAGCUUUCCCCUGUCCUUCCCUCAGCUCUGGGAACAGCGUGUCUGCUGGUUCCCGGCCAUUGCACACUGGAGCACUCUCUCUGCUCAGCCCCUCAUUGAGCCUGCAGCCACCUGAAUAGGACCUGGGGUGGCUGGAGAAGUCCCUGAGUGAAGCUUGCUGUCCCCUUUUUGUCCUUGGGCUCCUGGCACCUCUCUGUUCUGGGCAGCCAGUGUUCAGCACCUGCAAGAAGGUCUCUGUAUUUGUGAAGACACUCCUGCCAGGUCCCUCCAUCAUGGCUGGCUGGUCCCUCUGGAGUUGUUUUGUUGUGGCCAUUAGUAACUCUGGACGGGCCGUUAACUAGGCUGGACUCUUGAGGCUUUGCUGCCUUCUCUGCCUGUGCUUCCCUCACCUCUGUCAGUGUCCGAACGUGCCCCAGGAGAUGGUUUGUUGGUCACAGGAACC